UUCGCUUAAUGUCUCCAUCAGUGAAUAAGAUAUGCGUUCUACUGAUCAAUUGCUCGAACUCGUUCGAUUUCUGCGUCGGGAAAAGGAAAUUGCCAUUUCCCGAUCUGAAGUACAAGAAGCCGAAACGCAGCGUUUCAAGACACAACUGGAACAAGCCGAACGUCUUGCAAGUGAAGCUCAGACUAAUUUGCAUCAUGAGCGAGAGCGGUCUGCAACGUCUGCACUGACAUCCGAGAAACAUACAGAAAAGCUACUCCUUCUUCUGAAGUGUCUCAAGCUACUAUUCGCCCUCCACCCAGAGAAGAUCGUUUGCCCUCAUUUGGUAGAAAUACUCUGGCCUUUGAAGACGUGGGGGAUGAUGGAAUUGUUCCCAGUACUCCUGUCCUUCUGCGGCCAAGAACGAAUGAUGGUUUUGCUGAAGCCGUCAGUUCGCCACAAGUCAACACGCGCUUCGUUUUCGGAACUGUUCCGGAUCUGUCGCUGUCCGCUGGCAGUAGCCAUAUCAAUGCUCCUUCUCAUUUGGAAUCGCAAGGCAUGGAAGAUACACGUAUGGAUUUGUCUCAGCUAGAUGAGAACUCUGGUCGUAGCGUGCCAUCUACGCCGUUGCAAGCGUCACCCCACGACGAGUUGCCUGCUGGCUGCCCAGGAGAAGACGCUUCAGUGGUUCCAUCAGGAAAUGCCGAAGAACAAGGAGAUUUCGAAGGUGGUCCUGACCUUGAAGGUGAUGCUGCCGCCGAAAUAGACCUUCUUGGCGAAGAUGACCAAGAUACUGGUAUAGAUAACGAUCAGUCCACCAGUCAACUAGGGCAAGAUGCAGGUCCUACAAGUACAAAUGAAGAUGAAUCGAUGCCGGAAGUUCAGAAUGCUCAAUCGGUUGAAGGCACAGGCCAAUCAAUGACGACACAACCAUCUUCUGCACCAUCGUUUUCUUGUUCCCCGACUACUCGGGCGGCAAUGACUCGACGAGGAUCAAUGGCUGGUUUUCCACGUGGUCGAGGAAUGAGCCGCGAAGAUUCACGCUUGUCGGCUGGGCCGAAUCCUAUAGUCGUCCCGUUCCCAUUACUUGGACGCCCAAUCCAGAAUCGCAGCAGGCUUAUACUCCUAACCCUGCCCGUGUUUUCCGUCGCGCUACAGCUGUAGUGGCGUCACCUGCUCCAGGUACGCCUUCUGUAACAACUGAGCCACCUGUUGUUGUCCCCACAGCCGCUCCAGUUCCAUCGCUCAUUCGAGGCCGAGGAGCAACGCGAGGUCGCUCGCGACCAAGAGCACCAAGGCGGAUGUAAACGUAAAUAUUGUGCUUUAACUUUGAUUUUGAUUUCCGUUACGUUCCUGAUAUUGACAUGUCAGUUUUUUCGUUCUUGAUUUAAAUGAUAUCCUCAAUCUUUCAAGAGGAAUUUUUAAAUACACAGUCUACCAGUU